CUGUACACCCGUGAGCAAUCCGAAUAGACGCUCUCAGUCUUUCCACAGUCCAACCGCGCGAGCAACAUGUCCUCAGACGUGCAACUGCGCGACCGAGCGAACCGAUUGAGCCCCGGCAUCACGGACACGCACCAAGCGAGGAGCGAGAGCGCCUGAGAGCAUAUACACUCGAUUGCCUUCCCGCCCAGGAGAAUUCUGGUUAUUUGAGAACGAGUCCGCCAAUCACAAGGAGAGCUUUCCAGCAGGAAGCAGGGUUUCCAGUCAGGAGGCGCGGCCAAAAUCGCAGUGACGUGUCUCACUCGGGGGUCUAUACACUCACACUCCUUGGCAGUCUAAACCAUCCUAGACGUCAGAAUCCAUCAAACGUGUAACUCUGAAGGUGUGAAGGCUUAUGAGCAGUGCUCCUCGCGCAGUAAGGGAGCUUUUCCUGAGGCAGGAACAGAUGGAUGGAAUGGACUUCACGUUGGGGAAUUCCUCAGAGGGAAAUGAAACGGAGCCAGAAGUGGAGACGGGCUCGUAUAAAACAGUGGAGGUGGUGUUCAUUGUGCUGGUAGCAGGCUCACUUAGCCUGGUAACUGUGGUGGGGAACAUACUGGUAAUGCUCUCUAUAAAGGUCAAUAGAAGCCUACAGACUGUCAACAACUACUUCCUGUUCAGCUUAGCAUGCGCCGACUUCAUCAUCGGGCUUUGCUCCAUGAAUCUCUAUACCAUUUAUAUUGUCAUUGGUGCCUGGCCACUUGGCCCUGUAGUGUGUGACCUGUGGUUGGCGCUGGACUAUGUGGUCAGUAAUGCAUCGGUCAUGAACUUACUCAUCAUCAGUUUUGACCGCUAUUUCUGCGUCACAAAGCCGCUGAGUUAUCCUGUAAAGAGGACCACUAAGAUGGCGGGGAUGAUGAUUGCAGCUACCUGGGUGCUGUCCUUCAUCCUCUGGGCUCCUGCUAUCCUCUUUUGGCAGUUUAUUGUCGGUGGCCGCACUGUGCCAGAGAGGGAGUGUUAUAUCCAGUUCUUUUCCAAUGCGGCUGUUACGUUCGGCACCGCCAUUGCCGCGUUCUACUUGCCUGUCAUCAUCAUGAUGGUGCUAUAUUGGCAAGUCUCUCGAGCCAGCAAGAGUCGCGUGAAAAAGGACAACCGCAAGCCUUCAGGCACCAACACCAGAACUCUAUCUCCCAGUCAGACCCGCAGCAACGCAGCCAACAAGGUGGACAACAACAACGUGAUGGCCGAGGACCCUGAUAGGAAUCAAACCCAGGCCACAGAUGAAGUGACCGACCAGCAUGACACCAAGUUGCAGAAUGGCAAAGGGCCAUCCACAGCCAGUGGGGAGAGAGAAGGGGAGGAAGCUAGCAGGGACAACUGUGUCCCGGUUGAAGAGAAAGAGAGCUCCAAUGAUUCCACUUCAGGCAGUGGGGCCACAGCGCAUCAGAAGCCAGAAGCCAACAACACUCAGACGCCUGCACAGCACCACGCCAAGGCCGGUGCCUCUAAACUCACCUGCAUUAAAAUUGUCACCAAGUCACCCAAGGGAGACUGUUAUACUCCCUCCAACACCACAGUGGAGAUCGUACCAGCAGCUGAGAAGCAGGACCACGUGGCCCGCAAGAUUGCGAAGAUGACUAAGCAGCCCCCCAAAAAGAAGAAAGCAGCUCCUUCCAGGGAGAAGAAGGUGACACGCACCAUCAUGGCUAUCUUGGUGGCAUUUGUAGCCACGUGGACACCCUAUAACGUGAUGGUUCUCAUCAAUACGUUCUGCUCCAGCUGCAUCCCUAACACAGUGUGGACCAUUGGCUACUGGCUCUGCUACAUCAACAGCACCAUCAACCCCGCGUGCUACGCUCUGUGCAACGCCACGUUCAAAAAGACCUUCAAGCAGCUUCUGCUUUGUCAGUACAAAAACAUACGCUCGACCAGAUGAGCUACAAUAUAAGUAUGCACGUGUGCAUGUAUGUUUAUGGUUUUGUCUGUCUGUCUUAAGUGUGGGAAAAGGUUUUGAAUGACAGCUGGGUGGGGCUUUGUUUCUUGUGGUGUAUUUUUAUUUUUUUUUAGUAUAGUGCGGUUCUUCUGUUAUUGACACCCUGUUGUAGCACUUUACACACACCUGGCAACACAACAGCACAUAGGUCAAUAGUUCUUUAGGCUUUACAUACAGACCAGAACAGGUUUCAAGAUACAAAAUAGAAUUCAAUACAACACUGACAUGAAAAAAUAUAGAAAAUAUGUAUGUAUAUAUAUAUAUAUAUAUAUAUAUAUAUAUAUAUAUAUAUAUAUAUAUAUAUAUAUAUAUAUAUAUGUUUGUUUGUUUUUUAAAUAGAAAUAUGUUACAUGUAAAAUAAAUAUACAGUACAUUAGUGUGGCAGAGCACGGGAGCAGAAACUCCACGUUUGAUGUGUUGUUAUCUACAUAGAGUAGAGUAGCUGAAAACAGAUUUCAUUCGAGAGGGCUCAGUGUGAUCCUGAAUCUGCGCUCCUCGACUAUAAUUAUUAAAGGGACAAUAGGGCUGACUGAACACUCAAACCUAGUGUUUAGACUUCAAUGUAAAAUAAUAUGUGUAAAUACUUGUAUAUAGCCUUGUAUAGUGUUUGGCAUUGUGUGCGUGUGUGUGUGUGUGUGUGUGUGUGUGUGUGUGUGUGGUAGAUAGAGUUUUGCAGAAAUGAUGCAUGACUGACUAUUGGUUUCUGUGUGUGUGUGUGUGUGUGUGUGUGUGUGUGUGUGUGUGUGUGUGUGUGUGUGUGUGUCUGUGGUUAGGCUGUCCUAGCCUAAAGCUGAAUGAGUUACUGGAAAACCACUCUGCCGUAUCCGUGUGUAAGAGUGUGAGCGUGGGGCAGCGUGAAGUGCUCAGGCCUCCAGAGAUGCAAAUUAAAGGCUUUUGAAACGAUGACUGAUGAGCAGGGUGAAGAGACUCUUCUAUACAGAGCUGUUCCUGCGGAGCAGCUUUUUUUUCUUUUUUAAUAACCCGUUGCUUUGUUGCGAUAUCCAACGAAACAAUCCGACAAAAUGGUUAGUGACAAUGAACUGUCUGUCAUGCACAAUCACGAUAAGCAAUCUUUAGUGAUUUAAAUCCCAUCACAAAAAAAAAAAAAAAAAAACCUCUUCAUUGCUUUUCUCAUGAAAUAUGCAGAGAUGCUAAUGCAUGCUCAUGCCUGCAGCAAGGCGCUCAUUCAUGCAGUCUGCAGGUGGUUACGGCAUACCGACGAGCCCGCAGGACUGUUCUGGAAGGCAUCCUGUGUUUUCCCUCAGUGGAACAGCAUGUGUAGAGACUCGGAGUUGAUUAUGAGAGACGACUAAGCAUUGGGUAGUGUAUGCGUAAUGCAUAAGUAGUGAUAGAGCUUCCUCAGAGCCUGCUUCUCUGUGGCAUUGUGUUUAACACUGAGGCUUUCAAUCCACGAGGUGUGUGUGUGUGUGUGUGCGUCAGUGUGGGGUUAUUCUAAAUCACAGGCCUUGGUCUUGUGAAUUAAAAGGGCUAUAUAUUUUGCACAUUUCAUCAUGUAGCAUCACAAACUUAUAUAUAAACAUAUUUCUAAACAUGUUUUACUCAUUUCUAAAAAAAAAAAAAAAAAAAAAAAAAUACAAUACUAAUAAUAAUAAUACAUGCUUAUAAUUAGCAAAAUGAUCUGCCAGUUUUAGUAAAACAUCUACAAAUAUAUACCAUAAUCGUAUAGUGUGUGUGAAUCUAUUAACGUUAAGGCAGGAUGUUGGUUAAUGCGAAGGUUUUAAAAGACUGGUGUUGGGGGAGCGUGCAUUGAAUGUUAAUGCGCGAGAGCAAUGUUUUGCCAGAGGGCUGUGGAGUAGAGUGAAUCUUUACAGUGAGUCUAGAAUAGAAUAAAGGUUUCGGACGGACGGUGUUGUUAGAGUUAAGGAUUUGAGCUGCAGUGUUUGAAGCAGGAGCGGGUCCUUGCUAUAGGCAGUGUGAGACAGAGCACUGUGGACUGAACUAACAGCACACAGUCUCGUGGUAAUACAGUACGUAUCAGAUUAUCGGACGAAGCUGACCGCCGUGUGAGAUUCGGCAGGCCCGGGGCCGCCUGCUCCGCUUACACGCUGUUUUUAUAAUCUCUUCGUCCGCAAAUCACAAAAAAUAAGGGUCGUUUCGAAUUCGAUAUCCGCGACACGUCUAAGAAAAGUUCGGACGGGGACAACAAAAGGCUGGAAAAGUAUAAGUGUUACUAAAAAGAAACAGCUGGAGGAACAUUUUGCAACUAAUUAGGUUUAGUGGCUACAGGUCAGUGACACGACUGGGUAUUAAAAAGAGUAGCUUAGAGAGGCGGAGUCUCUCAGAAGUAAAAAUAGGAUGGAAACUGGAUGGAAGCAGAUGUUGCUCUAAAACCUGUAUAUAUAUAUACCUUUCCUUUCAGCAUUGAUGGUGCCUUUCCAGAUGUGCAACAUGUAUCUCUUGAGGGAAAAAAAGCAAAAUGAUCUGCUAAUAGAAUAAUAAAACUUCUCCAUAGCGUCCAUAGAGUUAUUAUUGCACCUAGUGGUCACAAAUGGGAACUGCAGCUAUGGCUAAUAGAGGUCCAUAGGGGCAGGGUUUUCCCUGCCCCACUCUCGCUCUAUGAACAUUUUCAGUGGAGGGCGAGCACCGGAGGGGUUAUUGACUGGGUUGCCAGAUCUCUAGUUUAAACAUUCUUUGCAUCCACCAAGAGCUUGUUUAAUACCAAAUGAUCAGAUUUACAGAAUCAUUUCUACUGAAAGAUAUAAAACAAAGAUUGCGAUAUUGUUAUUAUCUCAAAUACUGCUGAACAAAUGCACUUCUCUAACGGCUCAAAUCAAGCUGCUACAUUGUACGCCAUGACUAUAUGUUGUCCGCGCUCAACUCUCUAUUACAUCCAUUUUCUGUACCGCUUAUUCUACGCAGGGUCACAGGGGAACCUGGAGCCAAUCGCAGGUAACUCGGGGAACAAUGCAGGGGACACCCAGGACCAAUACAUCACAGGGUACAAUGACACAACACGGACAAUUUAUAAAUGCCGAUCUGACAACAAUGCAUAUCACUGGACUGGGGAAGGAAACAGGAGUACCCGGAGGAAACCCCUGAAGCAUGGGGACAACAUGCAUACUUCGCACAUUAAGGAUGAAGGCGGGACUCGAACUCCCAACCCCGGUGGCGCGAGGUAAACGUGCUAACCACUAAGCCUCCGUGCAACCUCUCUAUUAAUACUUAAUAAAAAAAUUCACUAGAAAGUAAGUGUGAUAACCUUUCGAUUAUAUUUAGCUUGAGGCAGAAUCGCAGCUGCUGCUGCCUCUGUCUCUGAAAUGUCCGAUUUACCACUUUAAUCUGUCGUGCUUACGACGUUAACGACUAUCACCAUGGUUCUUGUCUGUCCCAGACAUAUGGCAUCGCUACUCAGACAGAGAGACAGCAGAAGAUUUAGAGUAUGUGAGACAGGCAGGCUGGCUGAGGCAGUAGUCCAGUACUUCAUGUCUGUAUGAUUACCUGUCUCACCCCCCAGACACACACACACAACUCUUUCUGAUUGAGGGAUGGGUCUGAUAGCCACUCCAACAGAGCACAGAUAGUAAGAGUGUUACUCUGAGUGUUCAACAGAGCAAGAAUUUUUCCACUAGGAGCUCUCUGUCCAACUCUCAUUGUAUCUCUCGCACCAUGACCCGUGACGUGCGAACACAUCCUUAAAUGGCGUCUAUCAUAUUCAUUAUGACCAUUCUGCCUGAGCUGAACCAGAGAGGAGUGUGUGAUAGUGCGGAGUGGUGUAUGACAGUAGACAGCUGUUUGUGAUUGUGUGAGUGAUGAGACGUGCACAAGCAGGUGGUUGGCAUUUGGCAGUGAUCUGCAGACCCCCUGUCAGGUAUGGCUUUGCUUCGAGUGUGCUGUGGUCGGCUGAUAAGGCUUUGGUCUGCUCUCAGAGAAAGAAAGAAAGAAACAAAGAAAGAAUGAAAGAGUCUAUCAUUCAGCCUCUCUGUGUGACACUUGUUUAAAAGCAACUGAAAUCUCAGGUGCCUUGGCAGGAACACUAUCCCAGAUAUACUGCUGUGUUACUGGCAUAAACCCAUACAGGUGUGUGUAUGUGUGUGUCUCUAGACUAGAGUUUAUUAGUCACCUUUCAAAUCCAUCCAUUUUCCGUACCACAUAUCCUACACAGGGUCACAGGAAGCCUAUCACAGAGAACUCGGGGCACAAGACAGUGGACACCCUGGACAGGGUGCCAUCCCAAUAUCGGACAGACUCUCACACACCCCUUCACGCACUACGGACAAUUUGGAAAUGCUAAUUCGCCUACAGCACAUGUCUUUUGACUGGAGGUGGAAGCGGAGUACCCGGAGGAAACCCCCGAAGUACGGGGAGAACAUGCGAAUGCCACGCACACAGGGCCGGGGCGGGAAUCGAACCUACAACCCUGGAGGUGCGAGGCAAACGUGAUAACCACUAAGCAACCUGGCCCCCUUAAAAUGGCAUAGUAUAUUGCAAAAAAUCAUAUCAUAGCAAUUAUUAUUGAUUUUCAUUAUUUAUAAAUCAAACAUCAAUUAUGAUUGAUCAUUUGCAAGCGUUCCGAUUCUACUGGGAGAUCAUUUUGCUUCUUUCUGGAAAUGAAUGCAUACAGAAAAGAUCUGCCGAAAGAACAAGCCAAAGUUGGAUUUAGUAAAAAAAAAAAAAAAAAAAACAUCUAGAAAUAACGAAAAUGUUAAUAAUCUUGUAUCUGGUUUAGUGUAAUAUUAUAACAGGAAAUAUACAUACAGUAGAUAUUUCCAUUUGCAUGUAUACGAAUUAUUGAAAAUAAUUGGUCUGGCUGUGUGUAUGAAAUUAAUUGACGUCUUUCAGUAAAGGUAAACGUUUAUUUAUUUAUUUUCAGCCCGAUUGUGCGGAUCUAUAUUUUGCGGUUAGCGCGCGGUGUUACCGCUACCCACCCACGUCAAGUGCCUUACAGAACUCACUGAUAUUCUUCUUCGACUAUGAGUUAUAAUCUGUUUUCGCCAUGCCAGUGAAUGUACGACUGAGGGUUUUUGUUGUGUUUGUGGUUCAGUGAGUAAAAUCCACAGGCUCCUAUUGAACCCAACAUUCGCUCGUUCGGAUUAAUGCUUAAUUACGGCAUUACUUUGGUACACACGAUAGCAAUGUGUAUCCGAAUGCUAUAUACACGAGGCGUACGCACAGCUAAUCUCUGGAGGUCUGAGAAUCUCGCUUUUCUGCGCACGAAUAGAAAGGAGAUUCGUUUUUUUUUUUGGCAGCGCGUGCGUGUGAAGUGUGCGUGCGAAAGCGAGACCGCGCGAGUGUGCUGCUGCGUGUAAGGAAUUUCAUGAAGAUAGCGACAAGAGAGUGUAUAUGAACACUAUCAGAACUUUCUAAAAGAGCUUUUGCACGCGUCUGACAGUGAGAAUGGGAAUUAAUCAGAUAGCGAUCAGCACAGAGAGGUUCACACAGUUAUCACACAGUUUCACAGACACAAACAAACGGGUGCCAAAGAGACACUGCAAACAAGCAAACAAAUGAGACGAGCGUGCUCAAACACAUGACGCAUACCGCAUUGAAUACAUCUGAAAAAAAUACAUAUAUCUUUUUGUAUGAGGUUUUAUAUAUGUCCAGAUAUUCUGUAUACUGUAUAGAUGUAUUGUAUAUAAAGCAUGUGUUUAUUGCCGGACUGACAAACUGACUCUGGAGUAUUGAUUCUGGUGUUGGAGCAUCUGUCAGUGGAAACAAGGGAUAAUUGGACUUUAAAUCAAGAUACCGAAUGCUCUAAACCCCCACAGACAAGCCGAGGUGUUAAUGAUCGUGACAGAACGAGAGAUGAUGAUGACAGAAAAUCGUAAAGAUUAUAACUAAUUGUCAUGUACAGUCAUAACAAACAGAAACACUUAAACUGGUGCGAGUGUGUAUUGACUGAUGCGUUUUGUUUGUUUGUUUGUUUGUUUGUUUUGCAUGGGGUUGGAUUGAAAUAUUGAAAUUAGGUUGUUUUUUUUUUUAAUUUUCUUUUUUUUAUUUAUUUACAAAGUCGUGCCAGCUUUGCCUGUGCGCAAGACAGGAAACGGCAAGAAAAGCCAAUCACUUUUAAAAAAAAACAAAAAAACAAGUAAAUAAAUAAGCACACAGACUUCUUCCUUCUUUAGGGAGUGGGGAGGCAUGAACCAAACGUUUAAAUAAAUAAAUAAAUAAAUAAAGCGGUAUGUCUACUCUAAAGAGUCUUAGGAAGUAGUAUAAGUGUAGGAGGAUAUGUUGAAAUGCACUUCCUGUGUCUGAUGUACUGUACAUACUAAACUCUUUAUGUUCUCUUGCUGAGGUGUGUAGAUCCUCAUUGUGCUUCUCCUUCACUGUGGGUUGUGACUCUCAUCCAGUAGAAAAGUCUUCGUUGACAGUUUUUAAAAGCUUUCCACUGUACAUAUAUAUAAUGAGCAUACAGUGUAGUUUGGCACAGUGUAAAUACCUGUUUAUUAUUUCCACUAUUGUCUCCUUCUCAACCCCUCAGUCUUCCCUUUCCUCGCUGUCCCUCCUUUGUUUGUGCAUUUGUGCCGAUUUCUUUAAGGAAGCAGACGUUGCAAUUUGGAUGUUUAGACGUUAUAAACAAUGCUGUAACAUGGAAUACAUUUUAUUGUACACUGUACAUUGUGCUAUACUCUUUUGGAGAACAAUUCAAAUCAAAUAAAGAUAUGAGUCUGCAUAUUUUGUUUUGAUACGCA